CCAAGUUCUUAGAAUUCGAAUUUCCCGCACUAUCUGGCAUAUCAUUCGGGUAAAUGUUUCGUUUCCUUUUCCGCUUUGACGAGUGACAAUAAAGCACAGAAAAUGCCGUCUGUUACUUUGAAGGACGUUGACCAACACAAAUUCGUAAAGGCUUUCGCCUAUUUCCUGAAAAAAACUGGUAAACUACGUGUACCAGAAUGGGUGGAUCUUGUAAAAACCUCAAGAGCUAAGGAAUUGGCUCCCUAUGAUCCCGAUUGGUACUACAUCAGAUGUUCUGCCAUUGCUAGGCAUAUCUACAUUCGCUCACCCGUCGGUGUAGGUUCAGUCACGAAAAUCUUUGGAACCCGCAAACGUAACGGAACCAAACCUUCCCACUUCUGCAGGUCCGCCGGAAGUAUCGCUCGCAAGGCCCUGCAAAGCUUGGAAGCUCUCAAGUUGAUUGAAAAAUCAUCUGAUGGUGGUAGGAAACUUACCCAACAAGGUAGGAGAGAUCUAGAUCGUAUCGCAGCCCAAGUGAAAGCUAAGGAGCGAAAGGCUCUUAAAGCAUCAGUUAUUGCUUUGUAAAUGGUUUAGAAGUUAUUAAAAAUAAUGUAUAAUUGA